UUUCGGUUAUUACGAAAAUCAAAACUGCAAAUACGCUGCACGAUACUCUCCCAAUUCAUCGUCUUCUAUCAUCCAUAUUUAUCUAUUUUGGUGUUUUGGAUGCAAUAAGGACAGGCUGGAAGCAUCCAAAACGCAACCCCACCUUCCAUUAAUUAUUCGAGGGAACACUAUCCUCCUUCUCUCUCUAACAAACAAAGUGAGUUUUCCACACCCAAGAAUCAAAAUCUAUUAACAAAAAAGCUUACAUAAAGCAGAAAUAAAGAAGCCUUGGUUUCUUUUCUUUUUUUUUUUUUCUCCUUUUCUUGCUGCCUCUGCUAAGCAUCUUUACCCUACUUUUUUUUUCUCUGUUCUUUUGCCUCUCUCUUAUUCUUUCCUUCUUCGUGGAGUAAUUUAUUUUCUUGUGGUGUUGCUUCUUUACUCUUCAUUCUUUUCUUGCAUCAAUCCAGGGGCUUCUUGUUCUUCAUUGGUUUUUUCUUUCUAUCUGGCAUUGUUUUUGUAUGAUCAGUAAAGUUAAAUUGCUUUUCUCAGUAUAGUUUUUUUUUUUUUUUCAAGUAAUUCUCCUUCUUGCAUGCUCUUUCUUUUUGCCUUGGAAUUUUCUUGGAGUUUGGUUCUUCUGGUAAAAUUUUACAGUGCUGAUCUUUUCUAAAUAUAUUUUCUUUCCUUUGAUUAAACUGUGAAUUUCAAGUUGUUUUUUUUUUUUUCACACGCCAAAAUCAACUCUUUUUCUCUUCUGUUUCUCACUUUUCCCUCCUUAUGGUUUAAUUUCUUGCACUUUUCCUGUUGUUUCUUGAUCCAAGCCUUCAAUUUUUUUUUGUUUUAAAUUGUUCUUGGGACUCUGUUUCGAAUGGGACUCUGUCAUGGAAAACCCAUUGAAAACCAACAAAAUCAGUCAAAAGACAUCGCAAUCGCAGGUGACAAUGAUUCACCACCAAAUUCCAACUCCAGAAAGUCAUCAAAUUUCCCAUUUUAUAGUCCAAGUCCAUUGCCAAGCCUCUUCAAGACAUCUCCAGCAAUACCAAGUGUAAAUUCCACUCCUCUGCGCAUCUUCAAACGCCCAUUUCCUCCUCCUUCUCCUGCGAAGCAUAUCAGGGCACUGUUGGCAAGAAGGCAUGGCUCUAUUAAGCCUAACGAGGCUUCAAUUCCUGAAGGAAAUGAGUGUGAGAUUGGUUUGGAUAAGAAUUUUGGGUUUUCAAAGCAUUUUAUGUCUCAUUAUGAGCUUGGUGAGGAAAUGGGGCGUGGACAUUUUGGAUAUACUUGCUCGGCUAAGGCCAAGAAAGGAAGCCUUAAAGGCCAUGAAGUGGCCGUUAAAGUUAUCCCAAAGUCGAAGAUGACCACAGCUAUUGCCAUAGAGGAUGUAAGACGAGAGGUGAAGAUACUACGAGCUUUAAAUGGUCAUAAGAACUUGGUUCAGUUCUAUGAUGCCUAUGAAGAUGAUGACAAUGUUUACAUAGUGAUGGAGUUAUGCAAAGGUGGUGAGCUGCUAGAUAGAAUACUUUCAAGGGGUGGAAAAUACUCAGAAGAAGAUGCUAAGGCUGUUAUGGUUCAGAUUCUAAGUGUUGUGGCCUUUUGUCAUCUCCAAGGUGUAGUUCACCGUGACCUCAAGCCAGAGAAUUUUCUUUUCACUACUAAAGAUGAGAAUUCCUCUCUGAAGGCUAUUGAUUUCGGACUUUCAGACUAUGUAAAGCCAGAUGAAAGAUUGAAUGACAUAGUAGGAAGUGCAUAUUAUGUUGCUCCUGAAGUACUACAUAGAUCUUAUGGGACUGAAGCAGACAUGUGGAGUAUUGGAGUAAUUGCUUAUAUACUUCUUUGUGGAAGUCGACCAUUUUGGGCACGGACAGAAUCUGGUAUCUUUCGUGCUGUCCUUAAAGCUGAUCCAAGCUUUGAUGAAGCCCCUUGGCCUUCUUUAUCCCUUGAAGCAAUAGAUUUUGUGAAGAGAUUGUUGAACAAGGACUACCGUAAGAGACUAACUGCUGCCCAGGCUCUGAGUCAUCCGUGGUUGGAAAAUAAUAAUGAGAAAAAGAUACUGUCAGAUAUGAUAGUAUGCAGGCUUGUAAAAGCUUAUAUAGGCUCAUCUGCACUACGAAAAACAGCCUUGGGGGCUCUUGCAAAGACGUUAACUGUUCCACAGCUAGCUUAUCUCCGGGAGCAAUUCACAUUGUUAGGGCCUAACAAAAAUGGAUUCAUUUCCAUGCACAAUUAUAAGACGGCAGUGAUGAAAAAUUCUCCAGAUGCUAUGAAGGAUUCACGGGUUCUUGAUUAUGUCAACAUGAUUAGUUCUCUUCAGUAUAGAAAAUUAGACUUUGAAGAAUUUUGUGCCGCUGCCAUAAGCGUGCAUCAGCUAGAAGGAAUGGAAACUUGGGAGCAACAUGCAAGGCGUGCAUAUGAUUUGUUUGAGAAGGAUGGCAACAGGCCCAUUAUGAUAGAGGAACUUGCUUCGGAACUUGGACUCAGCCCAUCAGUGCCUGUUCACGUAGUUCUUCAAGACUGGAUAAGACACUCAGAUGGGAAGCUUAGUUUCUUGGGAUUUGUUAGACUUUUACGUGGGGUUUCUUCUCGCACAUUUCACAAGUCUUGAAGGACCCAACCUCAAACACUUUAUCUUUUCUUCUCACUUGAGCUGAACUGUCUGGAGGAAACAAACGGGUGCGUAAUUUGGGAGCUAGCCUAGCCUGAAGCAAAGCUAGUGUCACAUCUCGAUCGUGAAAAUUACGUAGCAGGGCAAGUCGACAGUACAAGCCAAUCUCACAUGCCGGGCUGAUGAAGCAAUUCGCAGCAUAUUCUCACGUCUUUAUUUUUGUUCCUCUUUUUUUUUUUUUGGGAUUUUCUUCCUUUUUUGGUUUUGUCCGGUACUAUACUCCUACUCCCUUUGCUUUUUUUUUUUAUCCGUUUUUAGUAUCAAAUGAUUGGUGUCCCUGAAACCUAGAGGAUUGUACAGAUGAGGGUUGGUCGCAAAAUGUUUGUAGUGCAAGGCUGUUAGCAAACAGCUUAUAAGUCAUAUUUCCGGUUGAUGGGUUCAUCCCUUAUGUACCAAGAUGUUUUAGUCCUAGUUGGCUACCUCAUUUAAUAGCAGUCUUUGAGUCUUUACAUUUACAUCA